CGCGCACCGUGGUCCAGCCCCGCGCGGCCCCGGCCCGCCCUCCGCGCUCCCUGUGUUGGUACCGAGCGGAGAGGAUGCACACGGCACUCGAGUGAGGUGUAGUAUAUCCACCAUGAAGGUACACCUACACACAAAAUUUUGUUUAAUUUGUUUACUCACCUUCUUGUUUCACCAUUGCAACCACUGCCAUGAUGACCAUGACCAUGAACAUAACCAUGAUCAUAACCAUACUCCUGAAGAAAACCAUAUACAUAAGCACAAUGAUUACCAGAUCUCCGAGGAGUCAUACCUUCAAAAUAAUCCCAGCAAGAGCUCUCUACAUCAUGCAGAAAAUAAGCAAAUGUAUUACAUUCAAAAACUGUUCAGUCGCUAUGGUGAGAAUGGGAAGUUGACCUUUCAUGGUUUAGAGAAACUCUUAUCAAAUUUAGGUCUUGGAGAAGUUAAGAUUCUAGAGGUAGAACAUGAGCAUGAUGAUCAUGACCAUGUUUCGCAUCUAGACUUUUCAGACCAACUCAAACAUAAGCAUGCACACUCCCAUUCACACUCCAAUCACACAGCACGUGACCAAACAAUACCAAUUCCCAAGGUGAAAGUGGGGCAUUGUAAAAACUCAGAUAACCAGAAUGCACAUACCAUUUUGACCACCCCCACUGCUUAUCAUCAACCUCGGCAUCAUCACCGCAACCAUCAUCGUGGUGCAGCCCAUUUUGCAGGCUCGCAGAUUCAUAAAGAGGGAGAGCAACUUCCUGACCUUUCAGAUGUUAACACAUUACAGCAGCAACCCAAAAAAAGGUCCAAAAAACGCAAAAAACAUAAAGGUAUAGCAAAACACCCAGAAAUUACAUUAACUACAUCUCCUGAAGAACCCUUCAAUAUUAUGUCCAAAACUGAACAUGAUGGAGAUGAGCAUCUUCGUGCUACUGAGGACGAAAUAACUUCUCAAUACAGAGCAAGGAAAGAUUUGAGUUCCUCAAAAAAGAGUCAUGAAGAUCAACUGGAAUCUGAGUUUGUACAUGAUGAGUGCUUGAAUGUCUCUCACCUGCUUCAGAGCUAUGGUCUUAGCACAAAUUCUGGGAUUUCUACAGUGGAAUUUACCUACCUAUGCCCUGCUUUGCUAUUCCAAAUUGAUAGUAGAGUUUGUAUCCAAUAUCAUGAUGAAUUAAGUAUGGAGCCCGUAGACAACCAAGAUUCUGUGUUACCAGUUGUUUCUUACACAGUUUGGAUUUGGGGAUUGCUGUCAAUCACCAUUAUAAGCUUGUUGUCAGUUCUGGGUGUCGUCCUUGUACCGAUCAUCAAUCAAGUGUGCUUCAAGUAUCUUCUGACAUUCCUAGUGGCUCUGGCAGUGGGAACACUUAGUGGUGAUGCAUUACUGCAUCUUAUGCCACAUUCACAAGGUAACCAUGAUCAUAGUCAUCAUGACCAUAACCACGACCAUGACCAUGAUCAUGAUCAUAAUCAUACUCAUGGAAAUCAUGAAAUCUCUGAAGAUCUCCUCACACUACAUAAUGGAUUGUGGAAAGGACUUACAGCUCUGGGUGGUAUCUACCUCCUUUUCAUCAUCGAACACUGCAUCGGCAUAUUCCGUGAUCGCAGAGCCAGCACG